AUGGAGACCAUUCCGGAGUCGUUAAAUGGCGAAUUGCCUCCCAGACCCAGUGGCAGUUCGCAUGGUUCGCGGGGCCACGCUUACAUCCCGAACUUGCAUGUCCCAAAGCGGUCAAACACUUUCUCCAGUUCUACGUCCACCUCCCAAUAUAACCAUCAACGGCAUGCGGCUGCGGAACAAGAACGGCCUUCGUCAGCACUGAGCAGGUCUUUCUCUCCUCUCUCGCCUCCGUCACCUUCGGGUUCCUCAUCAUCAUCAUCAAGAAUGAUGGGAGGCGGCAAGUCCACCCAAAGGGUAAAGGAGUGGGUCAUCAAGAGAUCUAACUCAACCCGCGAACCUCGAUCGAAACCCGGCAGCCGCUCCUCCUCCUCCUCCAACUCGGGCGACCAAACUGUCGAAAUUAUCCACCUCGGCGGCGGCCGUGUUGACCCCAACGGCCAUGUGCACACCUCUGCUCUGUCCCCCACCUACACAUCUUCUCUGUCCCCCACUCUCCUUGCUCCACCAAGCCGGGCUCGAACCAGCUUCGCCAACAGCAUUGAUAGCCGAGUCACGCAAUGGGGGGAUUUGUACCAUGACCAGCCCGAAUCACUGACGGUCCCCACCAAGCCUGGUACGGCGACGGGAAAGCCGCCGAGGCCGGUUAGUCCCGAGUUGCAUGAACGGCCGCAGCUAAGGGAAUUGGGAUUGGGAGGUGUAUAUAACGGAGGAUGGGGGCAACAACAUGAACAGGAGGGACAAGGUGAAGGUCAUCAGUCGCGGCACAGGCAUACCAAGAGCGAUGGAAGCAUCCAUCCGGCGCCGUUGAGGCUGCCCUCCAACUCUUCGUCGUCAUCUUCCUCAGUUGGCAACCAGGACGGUGGCGCAGCUGUCACCGCACAGCCCGAAGAGACGUGGAUGCCCCAAGGACUCACGAGGAGCGACUCCAAAUGGAAACCUCUUCCGGUCCCCCCACCGCCCGGAGCCCCCGGUAGUAUCACGCCCUUGGCAGACGGUGGGAGAAGGGCGGAGGAUAACAUCAACAUGGCUGGCGCUAUCUGCUAUGGCAGUCCACUCACCUCUAUUGAAUCCGAAUCGGAAUUUGGCGAACGGGAAGAUACUCCAACUCCAAGGGAGAGGUACAACCAGGGAGCUCCUCAUAUCGUCAAUGUCAUGGUUCAGAACAGCAGUGGAAGUCGGACUGCUCACGACAGGCCAUCACCGCCUCCCUCCGCCUCCUCCUCCUUCUCUAACGACGUCUCUGGCUUGGGAAUUGGAUAUGGAGGAGUCGGACUGGGAGUAAUGUCGCCUCCCUUGACACCGCCAGAAACUAAGGAGACUGACGCUGAAUCGUCAGUUGGUGGAGGAAUAAGGGAGAGCAUGUGGCCCGUUCCUCCCUCAUAUUCUCUGUCUCAGACUCAGCCUCCCUCGCGAUCGGGGACUGCUUCACCUGAGAAGCAGCAGCAUCAGCAUCACCAGCAGAAACCGUCGACUUCACCAUCAUUGCCGGCAUCUCCCUCGCCAGCCCUCGCGUCUUCCCAAUCGAUGCCGGCGCAUAUGAUUCCCAAGAGGAGCGACAGCCUGAGCUAUUCCAGAUCUGCCAAGAAGCCGUACCGUGCACCCCAAGCACUAAGAUCGACUGCUUCUACUUCCUCCCUCCGGACUACAGAGAAAUCAGGAUACUUUAGCGUCACAGAACAGAUUGCGUUUGACAACACCACCACCACCGCCGCCGCCGCAACCACCGUCGCACCCACCCCUCCCCUCCAACAACACAGAUUCUAUUCACCCACCAUCACUCCCCCGACCCCCAUCGUCCAGGGACCUUCUUCUGUUGCCUCCUCUAGAGGUAGAACCACACCAUCAUCAUCAACACCAACAACCCCCACCUGGAGACCCCGCGCCAGCCUCUCCUCCAAAGAGAUGCUCUGGCUCCAUCGUAACUACCGCGGCAUCACGGCCUUCAUGACCGCUUGGGGACUAAAUAAAGGACUGGGCGACGAAGCCGAAAGCAAGGAAGGGCUGAGUAUCAUGCGGGAGUUGAUGGCUGCGGAGCUUGCUGAGGUUCAUGAAGAGGACGUGGCGGUACCAUCACCAACAAAAACAACAACCACAACCACCACAACAACAACAAAGGAUUUAAAUUCACCUGUGCCAGCCAAGGUGGAGACUUCUCCACGACCUGGACAAGUGGGGGAUGUGUGGGAUGCAGAGGAUAAUGAGGAUUACGAGCGGGCUAGUGGUAAUUAUAAUGGAAAAAAGAAUGUAGGAAAGGGUGACAGUGGGGAUGAGUCCUGGCUGGAAAUCAGUCCUGGGCCUGGGGCUGGGGAGAAAAAUGCUAAUGGAAGGGAUGUAAAAGAACAGGAGAUGGCGGGACAUUAUCAAAAUGGGUACGUCGCUACGGCGCUGAAAGGGCAGCAAGGACAAGGUGUGAGGAUGAUGAGCCCUAGGGUUAAUUCCGCGGCCUCUAAUAGGGAGGGAAGUGACUUUAUUUGA